AUGAAGUUCCAGAUUACUUCGUCCCGCGCGGCCGCGCUUGUCGCCCUCAUUGCCAGCGUUGAUGCCGCCCGUCAUGGUCAUGGCCACACUCAUGCUCACCACCAGGAAGCUCGCUUCGUUCCCGAGAACACCACUCUGCAGAAGAAGAGCGGACAGUGCCAAUUCCCUACUGAUGCUGGCCUGGUUUCCAUCACCCCCAACGAGCAGAACGCCGGUUGGGCCAUGAGCCCUAACCAGCCCUGCGAGCCCGGCAACUACUGCCCCUAUGCCUGUCCUCCCGGCCAGGUCUCCAUGCAGUGGGACCCGUUGGCCACCUCUUACACCUACCCUCUGUCCAUGAACGGUGGUCUUUACUGUGACGAGAACGGCCAGAUCCAGAAGCCGUUCCCCAACAAGCCCUACUGUGAGGAUGGCACUGGUGCCAUGACGGCCAAGAACAAGGCUUCCCAGCCCGUGGCCUUCUGCCAGACCGUGCUGCCCGGUAACGAGGCCAUGCUGAUCCCAACCCUGGUCGAGGAGCUUUCCACUUUGGCCGUUCCCGGUAUGUCCUACUGGUGUGAGACUGCCGCUCAGUACUACAUCAACGCCCCCGGUGUGUCUGUUGAGGAGGGCUGUGUCUGGGGUACCAAUGCCAAACCCGUCGGUAACUGGUCCCCUUACACCGCCGGUGGCAACACAGUCGCCGACGGCAGCACUUUCUUGAAGAUUGGCUGGAACCCCAUCUACCUGCAGACCACCUGCCCCUUCCGCAACACCAAGCCCACGUUCGGUAUCGAGAUUGAGUGUGAGGGUGGCGGCUGCAACGGUCUUCCCUGCAAGAUUGACCCCUCCGUCAACGAUGUCAACGAGAUGAGCGCUCCCGAUGUCUUUACCGGUGCCGGCGGUGCCACUGGCUGUGUUGUAACUGUCCCCAAGGGCUCCAAGGCCAACGUCAUUGUCUUCGACGUUGACGGCAGUGGCAGCGGCAGCUCCAGCGGUUCCAGCAGCUCCAACACUCGCCUGCCCAAGUCGAGCCCCUCUAUGAGCUACACCUACCGUCCCCACGUGUUCGCUCCCACUGGAGCCGCCGAGAUCUCGUCCUUCGGCUCCUCGGGCUCCUCAGGCUCCUCGGGCUCGUCGGGCUCCUCGGCUACCGGUGCCGCUUCAGCCUCUGCCACCAAGACCGGCGCCGCAACCAGCACCGCCUUUUCCAUGAUGGGCGUCGCUCUCGGUGCCGUGGCCGCCAUGUUCAUGAACUUCUAA